UAUUUAUUUAUCUUACUUUUUUUUAUAGUUUCUUUGGCGAUUUUGCCUUCUUUGGUGGUUCACAACGUUCAGAUUCCCAAGAGAUUCCAAGAGGAGCUGAUCUGGUUAUGAAUCUCUGGGUAACACUAGAAGAAUUAUACUCUGGAAAUUUUGUUGAGGUUAUUAGGAAUAAACCAGUAAUGAAAUCUGCUAGCGGAACCCGAAAAUGCAAUUGCAGACAAGAGAUGGUUACAAGACAGUUAGGACCGGGAAGGUUUCAAAUGAUGCAACAAACUGUGUGUGAUGAGUGUCCUAAUGUAAAACUUGUAAAUGAAGAAAGGUUAUUAGAAAUAGAAGUUGAACCAGGAAUGAGGGAUGAACAAGAACAGAGAUUUGUAGCCGAAGGAGAACCUCAUAUUGAUGGAGAACCUGGCGAUUUAAGGGUUAGGAUAAAAACAUUACCGCAUUCCAUAUUUGAAAGAAAAGAAGAUGAUCUUUAUACAAAUGUCACAAUUUCUUUAACCGAUGCACUCAAUGGAUUCAAGAUGGAAAUAGUUCAUUUAGACGGGCACAAAGUGCAAAUUUCUCGCGAUAAAAUUACAUGGCCAGGAGCAAGAAUAAGGAAGAAGGGAGAAGGAAUGCCGAAUUACGAAAACAACAAUCUUCAUGGUACUUUAUACAUAACAUUUGACGUAGAUUUUCCCAAGGGGGAAUUAGAUAAUGAAGCGAAAGAAGCCGUGCGUAAGAUACUAAAUGAAGAAUCUAAGACUAAAGUUUAUAACGGUCUAAGAGGUUAUUAAUAGCAUUAAUAUUUAGUACCAAUGAGAACAAUGUAAAGGGAGGCCAGAAUUUCAUAUUUCUUUGAAUUCCUCGAUUCAGCCGAAGGUCCGUCGUCCUCCACAACACAUUAAUUCCACCACAUUUAAGUACAUUCACCGUCUCGAUUACGUAUGCAAGAAAGAAUCCACAUUUUUAACGUUUGAUUUUGUACAAGGAACAUUUUUAUUCUUUUUGUCUCAUUACAUAUUUGUUUUAAAAUACAAAUGUAUGUGUUUGGAAAAAAUGCAUUUGUAAAUUUAUUUCACUUCAGUUUGAUACAAGUCAAAUAAAAUUGACAAUCCACUCCGUGGUCUCCAAAACCAUAAUCUUGUGUUCGUUCGGUUACAAAAACAUCAAACAUUGUUUUGAUAUUAGCAUAACUGCAUUUAUGCCAUUACAAAACUGGCAACCAUGGCUUAAAAUAUUAAAUAAAAUGAUCAGUUAUUUAAAUCAAAAGAA